GUUCCGCGUUGUUGUAGUACUUUUGGCGCCAUUCCAAACAAAGCAGAAGGGGUUUCAUUACAGUGGUUUAAAGCAUGAGACGAACGAGAAGUUCCCGAAACAAAGCUGAGACGAAUACAGGCAGUGAAACUCAUGUUGAAAAGACAGUUUGGCAGUGGAAAGGAGACGAUGGCGAGUGGGAACCGUACGCUCCAGACAUCUGUGCCCAGCUGGAUACAGCAAAGCAGGCUGGUGAAAAGUCAGCGUCCCUGGCGCUCGGAUCUGGCUAUGAGGUGGAUCUUGUGAAAAUGGUUCAGAUCAACAGUGUCACUAAGUUUAAACGAAAAAUACGCCUUCAAAAAGUGAAGUCAGAGGAUCAGAAUGAAGAGAGUGCUUUGAAUGGGAAUAAUGCAGGUGCAGAUCAGAUUAAAGAAGAGAAAGAGGAGGAAGAAGAGGUGCCGGUUGCCAAGAAGAGAUGCAAUGAGGGGAGGAGUCAGAGGGCGAAGAAAGCCAAGCCCGUUGCCAAAGAGGAGAAUGAAGUGGUCGUGAAGACGUUGGUUAUGAAGGGAAAAGCUCCAGUUGACCCAGAAUGCAAAGCUAAAAUUGGGAAGGCCCACGUCUACAGUGAGGGAAAUGAUGUGUAUGACGUUAUGCUGAAUCAGACUAAUCUUCAGUUCAACAACAAUAAAUAUUACCUGAUCCAGCUCCUCCAGGAUGACAGCGCCAAGGUUUACAGUGUGUGGCUGAGGUGGGGGCGAGUUGGUAAAGUUGGACAGAACAGCUUGGUCAGCUGUGGAGGGAAUCUAGCUGAGGCCAAAGACACCUUCAAAAAAAAGUUCUUUGACAAGACCAAGAACGAAUGGGAACAUCGCGCACAUUUCGUGAAAGUUGCAGGAAAAUACGACAUGGUGUUUGUAGACUACAACGCUGAAGACAAAGAGGACAAGUUACCCCCUCCUCCUUCAGAUAAACCCUGUCAGUUAAACAGCAAGGUUCAGUCUCUCCUUGAGUUGAUAUGUGACCUGAAAGCUAUGGAAGAGUGUGUGCUGGAGAUGAAGUUUGACAUCAAAAAAGCACCGCUCGGGAAACUAACUUCAGAGCAAAUUCGAGCCGGUUACGCCUCUCUGAAGAAGAUCGAGGAGUGUUUAAAAAAGAAGGGCAGAAAUAAUCAACUAGUGGAGGCAUGCAAUGAGUUUUACACUCGUAUCCCACAUGACUUUGGGUUGCGUACACCGCCCAUCAUUGGUUCAGAAGAAGAGCUCAAAGAGAAGAUCGCUUUGCUGGAGGCUUUAAGUGACAUUCAGAUCGCUGUGAAAAUGGUUCAAUCGAGCAUUCAGAGUGACGAGCAUCCUUUAGACAGACAGUAUCAAUCUCUGAAGUGUCAACUGCAGCCGCUGGAUUCUGACAGCAAUGAGUAUAAGGUUAUCGAGAAGUAUCUGCAGUCCACUCAUGCACCUACACACAGUGACUACACAAUGACCAUCAUGGACGUCUUUGCCGUGGAGAGAGAGGGCGAGAAAGACGACUUCCAUUCUCAGCUAGACAACAGGAUGCUGUUGUGGCACGGCUCUCGUCUGUCUAACUGGGUGGGGAUUUUGAGUCAAGGGCUGCGAGUGGCACCACCGGAGGCUCCUAUAACUGGAUACAUGUUUGGUAAGGGGAUCUACUUUGCAGACAUGUCAUCAAAAAGUGCCAAUUACUGCUUUGCCAACCAGAAGAACAACCAGGGACUUCUGUUGCUGAGUGAGGUUGCUCUUGGGGACAUUAAUGAGCUUUUGGAUGCAAACUACAACGCUGACCAACUGCUUUCUGGGAAACACAGUACAAAAGGCCUGGGACAGACUGCACCCAACCCAAACAACCAUGUUACUCUGGAUGGUGCGACAGUACCCAUGGGGCCUAGUGGAAUGACCGGGGUGGGUCAGAAAGGAGGCUACUCGCUCAUGUAUAAUGAAUACAUCGUUUAUAACCCUGCUCAGACACGCAUGAAAUAUCUCCUCCGUGUUCAGUUUAAUUUCUCCUCAUUGUGGUGAGGCAGAAGGAGAUGUUUUACAUCGAGCAAACUGACUAUAAUGUGUAUAUUUAUAUCUGUAACUAAUCCAAUCUGAGGUUAAGGACCUAAACUACAGUUGUGUGUUGUGUGGCUCAUACGUUCAUGAAGGGGACUAGAAUCAGGAAAGUCAUGAGGACUUCUAUAUUGUUUUACUAAUGUUAGUUUGAGCACUAAAAUGUUGUUUCUGUUUACAGGAGGAGUUUUGGUAUUUGUAAUCAAAAUAAAAUGUAAUGUAAUAUUUUGUACUUGUA